CUCAGUCGGAGGCAGGCAGGCGGGGAACCGGCGCUAGUGUGCUAGUGCGGACACUUGAGGCGCGACCUCCUCCUCCCUGAACCCGAGUGAGUCCACGUCCCUCCGAGGCUGCAGCCAUGAAGGAGAGACGGACACCGCAGCCAGUGGUGGUCAGGUGUAAGCUCGUGCUGGUGGGAGACGUGCAGUGUGGGAAGACGGCGAUGUUACAGGUGCUAGCGAAAGACUGCUAUCCCGAGACCUAUGUGCCUACCGUGUUUGAGAAUUACACAGCCUGUUUGGAGACAGAGGAACAGAGAGUGGAGCUUAGUCUCUGGGACACCUCAGGCUCUCCUUACUAUGACAAUGUCCGUCCACUCUGCUACAGCGACUCAGAUGCGGUGUUGCUGUGCUUUGACAUCAGCCGUCCAGAGACCAUGGACAGUGCACUCAAGAAGUGGAGAACAGAAAUCCUAGACUACUGUCCCAGCACACGUGUUUUGCUGAUUGGCUGCAAGACAGAUCUUCGAACAGACCUGAGCACUCUAAUGGAACUGUCCCACCAGAAGCAGGCACCCAUCUCCUACGAGCAGGGCUGUGCGAUAGCCAAGCAGUUGGGCGCAGAAAUCUACCUGGAGGGCUCAGCUUUCACUUCCGAGACAAGCAUCCACAGCAUCUUCCGGACAGCAUCCAUGGUGUGUCUGAACAAGUCUAGCCCAGUGCCCCCGAAGAGCCCCGUCCGAAGCCUCUCCAAGCGACUCCUCCACCUCCCCAGUCGCUCUGAACUCAUCUCAACUACAUUCAAGAAGGAAAAGGCCAAAAGCUGUUCCAUCAUGUGAAGUCAGAGCCGGAGGCGGGGGAGACAGACCCCCACUUCCUCCCUUGGGGUGCAGAGGCACGGGGAGAGGGAGGAUGAGACAGUUUAAGACACCGGAUGUGACAUUUUUCUGAUGGCCACAGAGGGCUUUAGAAGGAGACAGGAAUGGGACUGAAGAAGAUGCCAGGCCUGGCAGGAGGGCCUGACAUUAAGCAAAAACCAUCACACCCCAAGCCUGGCACUAGGCUGUGGAGGGGGUCGUUGCCCCAGUGUCCCCCUACUCCAGAGGAAAGACUGGGGAGAUGGGGACAUACUGGCCUCACCUUCGACAUCAUGCCUUUUCCAUACAGCAUUCCCAUGCAGGCUUGGGGUGGGAGGGUCCUUGAUCCCUUCUCUUCCCCUUAAAGAAGUGGCAAUGGACUGGAGACCGUGAAAGGCUGGAGACAGCUCCCUUCGGGGCUUAACCCAGACGCUCCAUCACUGAAACCAGGAGGGCGAGGGCUGACCAGACCUAAGAGGGAACCCUCAUUUUUGCCUAACCCAUGCAUCAUGGAGAGGUGACAUCAUACAUCCACAUGCUACUUACUGAAGUCCCCAGGACCCAAGGGAGAAGCCCCAGACCCCCUUCUCUUGCAGAAUGUGGGGGUGGUGGUGCUGUGGGGGCAGGACUGAUGGGAGGGGGGUCACCAGACUUUCCUGCCCCUGGGGCGGUACAGUUGGCAUUUGUUUUAUAGACUCUUGUCUUUGGAACUGGGGGUGGGGUGGGGGAGCGUUUCAAUCUGUUAUAUGUUCUGUGUUUAAAGAAGAAAACCUAUUUAUUAAUGAAAUAUAACAUAUGAAAAAAUUUGUGGGGUUUUGUUGUUGUUGUUUGUUUUUUAUGGUGAUCAGGGAAAAGCUGAAAAGCUUUUUUUUUUUUUUUUUUUUUUUUGGUUUUUUGAGACAGGGUUUCUCUGUGUAGCCCUGGCUGUCCUGCCUGGGACUCACUCUGUAGACCAGGCUGGCCUCGAACUCAGAAAUCUGCCUGUCUCUGCCUCCCGAGUGCUGGGAUUAAAGGCGUGCGCCACCACGCCCGGCGGAAAAGCUGUCUUGGAUCCCUUUCUGGUAGUUACAGUGGCUGUCUCCAGGGUCCCCUAGCAUCUUGUUCCACUUCUCUGAAUCCCACUUGCAUCCUGCUAAGCCAAGAAAGAGUUCCUUGGCCCUGGAGUAGGGCUUCCUUCUCGUCAGGCUGCUGAUACUGUGGAAGUGAGAAUGGUGGUUUUAUAAGGGGCUGUCCUAUGUAGGGUAUGAUGCCCUGGCAUCCCUGGUUCCAGAUAAGAGUAGCAUGUUUCAAUUGCCACAGCCAAAAAUGUCUCUAGAUAUUGCUGAAUGUCCUCUGGAUAAAAUCACUUCCUGCUGAGG